GAUCUGCUUUAGCAGGUAGAUUCAGACAAGUGAAAUAUUGGUGCUAAGGCCAGACGUUGAGUAGGCUAGCAACUUAGCAAAGGAACAAAUGCUGCUGCUGAUACUAUGGAAACUAAACCUUUAGUGACGAGAGAUAGUAAAUAUGCAAGCUACUAUGGUACAGGUUUUGGAGGGGAAUGAUCUGCUUGUUUUGCGGUACCUUUGUUUGGAUCUGGAACCGGCACUGGUGAAAGGGACAUGGGACUCUUCUUUGGGGCUUCCAGUAAGCACAACACAACUGAUUUUGUGUUUGACAGCACUGAAAGGGACUGUAGGUUUUCCCAAUUCACAAAUACUGCACUACAGGCCUAUAACUGGAAAUUACAAAAGGUGUUGCACUUUUGGUAGAAGCUACAAAAACUUUGCUAAUGAGGAUGUCUAAUUCAGUUACCGUAAAGGAAAACACCAUUACAAUGAAAGGUUCAGAGGCUGAAGAGUAUGAUAGUAUACCAUCAGGUAUUUUGAGAAAAUCGGAAAGCGAAGAACAAAUGGAGUCAGAGAGAGUUGAAAGCAACAGUGACAACAAAAAUGAAUCUCAGCGACAAAUGCAUACUCUUGGACAAUCAGGAAAAAGGUCAAAGUCUAAUACAAAAUUAAAGCUAGUUCGGAGCUUGGCUGUGUGUGAAGAAUCUUCACCUCCCCCAGUUGCAGAACUGCAUCAAGAAUGCCAGAUACAGUUCAUGCAAUCAUUUGAUAGAGAAGGAUCACCUAUUAAAGAUGAAGAUGAGACAGAAAAUAAUACUGAUAAACCAGAUAAAAUAUCCCGCAAAAUGUUGUCAAGAGAUUCAAGUCAAGAAUACACUGAUUCAACUGGAAUAGACCUACAUGAGUUUUUAGUUAACACUUUAAAAAACAAUCCCAGGGACAGAAUGAUGUUGCUAAAGCUUGAACAAGAUAUCUUGGAUUUUAUCACUAAUAAUGAAUCUCAACGAAGAAAAUUUCCCCCAAUGACAUCUUAUCAUAGAAUGCUGCUACACAGGGUAGCUGCAUAUUUUGGGUUGGAUCAUAAUGUUGACCAGACUGGAAAAGCUGUAAUUAUUAACAAAACAAGCAAUACAAGAAUACCUGAUCAGAAAUUUUGUGAGCAUUUUAAAGAUGACAAAAGUGAUGAUUUCCAAAAACGGUAUAUUCUGAAACGUGAUAACUCCAGUAUGGACAAAGAUGAUGGCCAGGUUUUCUACUUUCAGAUGCGUAUUCGUUUAAAAGAGGAUAGAAGAAGCAAAUCAAUAGAAGAAAGAGAGGAAGAAUACCAGAGAGUUAGGGAAAGAAUAUUUGCACAAGAUGCUCUGUAUAUUCAGGAAAAUUAUCUGCCAGAUAAAAGAAUCAAGGAAGAGGAUGCUUCUAAUAGUACACAACAAAGACGGCAAAUAUUUAGGGUGAACAAGGAUGCAUCAGCACGUUCAGCUAGUAGUCGACAGAGCAGUACAGAGAAUGAGCUAAAGUAUUCUGAUCCUCGACCCUGGAGCAGCACAGACUCUGACAGCUCCAACCGUAACUUAAAACCAGCUAUGACAAAAGCCAGCAGCUUCAGUGGCAUUUCUGUGCUGACAAGAGGGGACAGCUCUGGAAGCAGUAAAAGCACAGGCAGGCUCUCAAAGACAGGUUCUGAGUCUUCUAGUAGUGUAGGGUCGUCUACGGGUUCGCUUUCUCGCACCCAGCAGCCACUUCCUGUUACAGCUUUAAGCCAGCCUACCCAUGGUGUUCCUGCUGUCUAUCCUCCUGUCAGCACUAGUAAUUCUGUUUCCUUUGAUGGUGGCAUGAAUGGGCAAGUGUCAUCAACAACUAGCACUAGCUACUAUUUGCUUCCGUUGGAAGCGACAGGGAUACCACCUGGGAGUGUUCUGAUCAACCCACAUACAGGUCAGCCAUUUUUUAACCCUGAUGGCACUGAAGUUGUGUACAGCCCUGCCAUUGCACAACAGUCUGUAAGGACCCCAAUGCAGCAGCCCCCUCCACCUCCUCUACAACAACAACCCUCUAAUCAUAUUCUUUCACAGCCAAUUCAGCCACUCCAGCCUUCUACUCAGCCUGUCCAGUAUUCUGCAAUCUCUUAUCCACCUCCGCUCCUGACAGUCUCUUCUAACCAGCAAUACACUGUGCAAGAUAACCUUGGUGUGCAGUUCAGUCAAUUGAGCAUUGCCAGGCAGCCUUCCAGUGAUGCUUCUGAUGGACACACUGCCAUGUUCCCCUCAUCAGUAGUUCUUCAGCCUCCUCAGCAAGCAGGAUACAUUGUGGCUCAACCGGGACAACCUGUUCCUGCUCCAACAUACUGUACAACUGGCCCUCCUGUGAAUCAGCAAGUUGUUCAGCAGCAAGGAUAUAUGCAGCAGAUGCCUACUUGUUACUGUACGCCUAAUCAGUAUUCACACUCCAACCAGCAGUAUCGCCCAGUUACACCAGUCCACUACAACACACAGCAAAACCAGCCUGUACUACACACCACACAGCAGGCAGCAUUCCAGACAGUGAUGCCUAAUCAACAGCAGAGUUAUCCAAAUGUUGUAGGAAUGCAGCAAACACAGAAUCAAAACAUGGUCAACAAUCAGCACAGCAAUAUUGGAAGUCAAAUGCAAAACAUGAUGGUACACUAUCCUUCAAUACCAUCUUACCAGGUACCAGUGCCUCAAGGGUCUCAAGGUAUACCACAACAAACAUAUCAACAGUCAGUAAUACUCUCAAAUCAGACAAACCAAGGGCAUAUACCUGCAUCAGGAGUACCAGUUUAUUAUAGUGUUAUGCCACCUGGACAACAAAAUAACAUUAGCACUUCAGUAACUUAUCUACAGCCACACGGAUCAGAACAGAUGCAGUUUCCUCGAACUACGUCUCCAUGUAGUUCACAGCUUCAGGGUUUACCAUGUACAGCUGUGGCACCACCUCAUGGUAGUGGUAUGGUGAUGAUGCAACUAACUUUACCACCUAAUCCUCAGCCAAGGGUACAUUCUCCACCUCAAUGGAAACCUAGCAAAUACUAUAGUCUUGACCAUCAAAGAGGGCAGAAAUCUUCUGAUAUCUGUAACAUGGAUAGUACAACACAGAGCAGUCCUCAGCUUGGAAGUCCAGCCAGUUCACCUGUUCAGUCCCCCGCUCCUUCUCAGCUUGUAAAUAUGAAAAGUAUCCAUCCUGGUGUCUCCCCCAUUUCCGUUAUGCCACAGUUUCCAAGACCUUUUGUUUCUGGACAAGGUGAUGCCAGAUAUCCACUUCUAAACCAGCCCUUACAAUAUAAUCACACAAUCCGUCAACCAGUGCUUCACGGACCACAUAUUGUUCCAAACCAUCAGAGUCAAUCAGGAAUACGACAUGGAAGCAGAGGAAAGAAACCAACCCGUAAAGCACUAUCUACCGAUCUUGGUGUUGGUGAAGCAGCAGUUGGGAGAGUAUUAGAAGUUACUGACUUGCCAGAAGGAAUAAGUCGUACAGAAGCAGAAAAGCUGUUUAGUGAACUCUGUAAAGUCGGAGCAAUGAUGAAGUGGAUACCAGAUCAUCAGCCUCAACGACAUCUUUGUGGAAGUGGAGACAAUAAUGCAAACAUUGACCAUUCAAAAUUAUCCAAUGACAUGGCUUCCACAUACACAAUACUAGCUCUGUUCCCAUCAAAACUUGCUGCUCAGAAUGCAAUGAUGAAACAGAAUAAUUCAUUAAACAAAUUUAAGCUCAGAACCAGCAAGAGACACUAUGAAUUUCAUAAUUUGGAAAGGGCUAGCUCUCAGUAGCAGCCACUGCAGAAUUGGACUUUGUAGCCUUGGUUUCUGCCAGUUACAUUUGUUCCCUCCAGUGCAACACACCGUUUGGCUUAUUAUGGGUUUUCGUUUGAGUUGUAAAGAUUUUGGGAAUGUGUUCCUAAUGUUGUAUUUCUACCAAGCAAUCUAGCAGUUUGUUCAAACAACAGCUUAAAACAUCCCUUAAUUUUUAUUUUGUGACAUACUGGAGCAUAUCUAAGGGCAGCAUUCUUUUUGGUUUUCUUUUUAUAAUAUUUGAAAUCUUAUAUCAGAUCCAAAGCUCCUUUGUACAGCAGCAGUUUUUUCCAAUAGCAUUACAUUGUGUUUUUCACCCACAACAAACAAUAAAUAAACAAACAAAAAAAUGGAAGUUAA